AUGACAGGUUUUAGUUUGAGAAGCUUCAUAUCUCUGCUUAUCAUUGCAUUUCUUGUUUUGUCAGAAACAUGUAAUGCCAGAAGAGGCAGACAAAUCACAACUUCCUCCACUUCUCUGUACAAGAAGAAAGGGAGCAAAAUGCUCACCAAUUCUCCAAGCAAAGGAUAUUCAGCCACCACUUUUAAUGUUAGGGACUAUGGUGCCAAAGGGGAUGGAAAGAGCGACGAUACCAAGGCGUUCGAAGCGGCAUGGACAGCUGCUUGUAAAGUAGAAGCAUCAACAAUGUUGGUCCCAUCAGAAUAUGUAUUCCUUCUUGGACCCAUUUCAUUCUCUGGCCCAUACUGUCAGCACAACAUUCUCUUUCAGCUAGAUGGUACGAUCAUAGCUCCAGCAGAUGCUGAAGCUUGGGGUUCAGGCUUUUUGCAAUGGCUUGACUUCACAAAACUAGUUGGAAUUACAAUUAAAGGAAGCGGCAAGAUUGAUGGAAAUGGUGCAGUUUGGUGGCAUGAUACCCCAUUUGGUGAUCCUACAGAAGAGGAAUCAAAAUUAAUUAUCCCAUCAAACAACACAAUGCAGACAAGUCUUCCGAUUCCUCUAAACAGUUCCCUUGGUGGAAGAAUGCCAGGCAUUAAGCCAACAGCUCUUAGAUUUUAUGGAAGUUCCAAUGUGACAGUCACCGGCAUUACAAGUCAGAAUAGUCCACAAUGUCAUCUCAAGUUUGACAACUGCAUUGGGGUAUCGGUAUACAAUUUCAGCGUCUCAUCCCCUGGUGAUAGUCCUAAUACUGAUGGAAUCCACUUACAGAACUCCAAAGAUAUCCUUAUCCGCAGUUCCAAUGUUUCAUGCGGAGAUGAUUGUAUUUCAAUACAAACUGGAUGCUCAAAUGUUUAUAUACACAAUAUAAAUUGUGGACCAGGACAUGGAAUAAGCAUUGGAGGGCUUGGUAAAGAUAACACUAAAGCUUGUGUUUCAAAUGUCACUGUGAAAGAUAUCAUUAUGCAUAACACAAUGAAUGGCAUAAGGAUUAAGACAUGGCAGGGUGGAUCAGGGUCUGUGCACGGACUAAUGUUCUCAAACAUACAAGUUUAUGAAGUCCAAAUACCAAUUGUAAUUGAUCAGUUUUAUUGUGACAAGAGCAAAUGCCCGAAUCAGACAUCAGCAGUGGCUUUAUCAGAAAUUAACUACGAAAAAAUAACAGGAACUUAUACAGUAAAACCGGUGCAUCUUGCAUGCAGCGACAGUAUGCCAUGUGUAGACGUGACCCUGACCGAUAUCCAACUAAAGCCAUUACAAGAACAAUACCAUAUGUAUGAACCAUACUGUUGGCAGACCUUCGGAGAGUUGUAUACUCCUACCGUCCCUCCAAUUCAAUGUCUGCAAGUUGGUAAGCCAUCAAGCAGCACGACUCAAGCUAAUUAUGGUCAAUGCUAA